UCGGCAGCGCGAGGCACAGGAGGCGCAGCAGCAGGCAGGCGGUGGGCACUCAGGGCGUCGCGGUGCCGGCAGCCGGGCGACGCGACGCGUCUUGCUGGUCGUCGCGCAGAGCGUCGUCGCGCAGAGCGGCCCCCUUCCCAGUCCGUCGCGAGCAGACACGCGAGUCUGUCGGGCGCGGUCGAGGCGACACCCUCCGCGGCUGCGCGAGGCCUGGGUGCGAAGACGACGCCGAGGACUCCGACGGAGCAGCCGAUACGGCGCGGCCCGGCCGGGCGGGCAGACAGACGCCGGUCAGAAGCCGUACCGUGUCGUCGCGACGCCCACGCCGCUCCACACCGCGACAGAGAGGCGGGGAUUGAGCGAGCGAGGCCGUAGGGCGGCCAUAGGCGAGCCAUAGAGGCACCAGCGGGCACCAGCAGGCCUCUGAGUUAUUGAGGGAAUGAAUUGGGCCACUUGAGCGGCGGCGGCGGCGGCUCAGGAGGCGAGUCUGCCACGUCUGGUCUCGGACGAGACCGUUUCCUCUUCGACGACAACGACGCCUGCGCGGGACAUAGCAGCACGCCCCCACGCCGCGCCCCGGCCGCGGCAGCCGUCAUGCCGGCCCGAUGGAAAUAGUUCGGCCGAACAACACAUUACGCCCCGGGGCCGCGCGGGCCCGGGGGCCGCUAAUCCCUCCCCGCUGCGGGGGCCGCCCUCGGGCCUGCCGCUGCCGCCCCCGGCGCCGCCUCUCGGCAUGGCGCCCCGCCGCCCCUUCUGACCGACGGUAGAGGAUGCAAGAGGACGGCGGGGGCGGCGCGGGCAACGGCAGCGUGGGCAUCGGCGACCUGGACGGGCGGAGCAUGAGCGGGGGCUUGGACGCCGGCGACCUCCUCAGCAAGUGCGGCGGCCUCGGCCCCAACGUGUUCAAGGCCCUGCUGCACUUCAUCGCCAACGUGACGCGCGACGGCGUGCUCCACAACAUCACCCAGGUAGGCGGCCCUCGCUGGCAACACCCCGCACACCCCACCAGCAGCACCGUCGUCGCGUUCUACAGUUUAGCGACAGUGAUGAAAAAUCGCGACUCAGAAAAAGGGGUCAGAUACAAGAUUAAUUGUGUGUUAUGCAUCUCACUUGCCAUUCUGAAAUUGAUUUUUGUCCUUUAUCCUGUUCUCAGAUUCGCCGCCGAGACGUCGGCGAACGCGACGGUGCUCACCAUCACCGCCUUCACGAUGGAGCGCUACGUGGCCAUCUGCCGUCCGUUCCGCGCGCGCGCCAUGUCGUCGCCGCCCAGGGCGGUGCGCUGCGUGCUGGCGUCCUGGGCCCUGGCGCUCGUGCUGGCCGUGCCGCCCGCCACGCAGUUCGGCGUCGUCGAGAAGAGGGACUCCCUCGGGAGGGACAUGUCGGAGUGCACCGUGAAGCGGGUGCUGGUGAGCCACGCGUUCCUCCUGUCGACGGGGCUGGUGUUCGUCGCGCCGCUGCUCGUCAUCACCGUCCUGUACAUCCUCAUCGGGCUGCGGCUGCGGCGCUCGCGGCGGGCCCUGGCCGCGCGCAGGCACUCGGCCGGCUCCACGGGGUCGGUGCGCGCCAGCAGCGCCAGCAGCACGCACUCGCAGGCGCGCGUCAUCAGGAUGCUGGUGGCGGUGGUCGUGGCCUUCUUCAUCUGCUGGGCGCCCUUCCACGCGCAGCGGCUGCUCGCCGUGUACGCGUCCGAGGCCAACCAGCGACACGACGCGGUGCGCGCGCUCUACACCGCGCUCACCUACAUGUCCGGCGUGCUGUACUACCUCUCCACCACCGUCAACCCCUUCCUGUACCACAUCAUGUCCAACAAGUUCCGGGAGGCCUUCAAGAACACGCUCCGGACCGAGUGCGGCUGGUGGACGAGACGGCGCGACGCCAAGCGCCGCCAGUCGUACGCCAACCUGUCGGGGCGGGCGCGGCCGUGCUGCGGCCUCCACUGCGGCUCGUCCAGCCUGCUGCCGCCGCACCAGGCGCCCCACGCCAACGACCGCAGCCGCAGCACCCUCACCCUCACCACCACCUUCGACGAGCGCUCCAACACCUACUCGACCGUGGAGGAGAGGGCGAUCGUGUCGUGCCUGCGGAGCAGCCACCGAGACAUGCGGGGCGCGUCCGCCGACCGAUGCACGGCGAACAGCGUGGACGACUCCGGCGGCAGCGUGACCUCGGCGCUCGGGGGCGGCCGCCGCUCCAGGACGCCGUCGUGCUGUCGUGGGGGCGGAGGCAGCGCGUCCUGCAGGCCAGUGUCCGAGCACGGCGCGGACGCCUCGCAGCAACGCGUCAACGGCAACGGCGUGUCCUCGCCGCGGCCGCGGCCCGGCCAGCCGCUGAUGGUGAUGCCCGUGCCGCCCCUCGCGGGCCCCGGCCGGGGCCUCCCCGCCUCCCCGCCGCCCUCCCCCACCACGCCGCGGCCGCCCUCGCGGUCGCCGAUUGAGGCGCUGGCGCGGAAGCUGCGCGCCAUCCCCGCGCGCUCCGUCCGCUCCGUGCGCUGGCACACGGGGAGCACGGGCGGCGGCGGCCCCGGGGGCGGCGGCGUGGAGGGCGGCGCCGGCGGCCUGCGCUCCGACCACAGCGCCAUCUCCAACUCGAGCCUGCAGGAGUGGGACCGCGCGGAGCAGAGCGGCGCCGAGCUGGCCGAGCUGGUCAAGUACAUGGGCGAGCUGAACCAGCGCCACGCCGCCAAGCUGUGAGAGGGCAAAAACAAAAGACUCACCAGCUUCGCGCGCUGUCGGGCGCCGGUCGCAGUCAGACAUUGUGCCACGUUACAAAAGAAAGAGAAGGAAGAAGAGGAAAGCAACGUCCUAGUCAUUAAUUUUAUGUGUUAAGUAAUUAAGAAAUCGAGCGCUUGUGCGUUUUGAUAUGGUGAUAUUAAUCGGGGUCGUUUUUCUUGGAGAGAAACUGCCUCGUGAAGAGUUUUCUGUAACAAAUUGAAAUUGCUUUGAGAUGCCCUUACAUUUUAUCCAACCCAAUAAAAGAAUACAACAGUA